AAAAACACCACACUUUCUACAAGUUUUUGGAACAAACUGUUUUUCAUUUUUCCUGUAAUCAUUGGAAGCUACUUUGAUGCGGUACUUUAGGGUUAUUUCUAAAGUAGGUUGUUCCAGGUCUGAUCCUCGUUUCCUGCAGCGUCGCUGCGCUCCAGCAGCUCCCUCACUGACGCAGGCGCCGCGCACCGUGGCGCAUCUCUGCACAGAGCUGCCUCAAGAAACCAGGAAAGGCGAGACUGGUGGAUUUAGCAUAAAACUCUCUUGAUACAGAUUUAUUUUUGUUUAAGAACCAAAUUUGUUGAGUGGUUGUAGGAUAGAAACUGCGCGUCUUCAGUGACGGACUUGCUUGGAGUUUUGUCCACAGGAGUUUGAAUCCUCUGGGAACAGUACAGGUGGAACAGACAGGUGGACGCUGCUGCUGAGGGGUUGUUUGUCUCCCACAGAGAACCCCUUGUACUUCUGGACCUGCUGUCUGUGCGCACAGAGCGGUCUGGGCAUUGCGGAACGGCGCUGGAGGUGCUGCUGAUGCAGAAGUGAGCGCGGAUUUGCUGUUUUUUGUGCAUUCCUCUGUGCAACCGCGUUCCACGCAGCAACUCAAGACCUAUCAUCUACCUUUUGCCUUUUUCACGGGGACAAUGUUGAUGAAGGAGUACCGCAUCUGCAUGCCUCUCACAGUGGAAGAGUACCGGAUUGGUCAGCUCUACAUGAUCAGCAAACACAGUCAUGAGCAGAGUGAACGUGGAGAAGGCGUGGAGGUGGUGCAGAACGAGCCAUACGAGGAUCCCGAACACGGGUCGGGCCAGUUCACGGAGAAACGGAUCUACCUCAACAACAAGCUGCCCAGCUGGGCCCGAGCAGUGGUCCCUAAGAUCUUCUACGUCACGGAGAAAGCCUGGAACUAUUACCCGUACACCAUCACAGAGUACACGUGCUCUUUCCUGCCCAAGUUUUCCAUCCACAUAGAGACCAAAUAUGAGGACAACAAAGGGAGUAAUGAUAAUAUCUUUGGCAGCGAGCCCAAAGAAGAAGAAACAGAGGUCUGCUUCGUGGACAUCGUCUACGAUGAAAUCCCCGAGCGCCACUACAAAGAAUCGGAGGAUCUCCGUUAUUUCAAGUCCAAGAAGACAAACAGAGGUUUCCUCCAGGAAGGAUGGAUCAGCACCCAGGAUCCCAUCAUGUGCUCGUACAAACUGGUCACCGUCAAGUUUGAAGUGUGGGGCCUGCAAACACGUGUGGAACAGUUCGUGCACAAGGUGAUCCGAGACGUCCUGACCCUGGGUCACCGGCAGGCCUUUGCCUGGGUUGAUGAAUGGAUCGAUAUGACCAUGGAGGAGGUCAGAGAGUAUGAGCGUGCCACACAGCAGGCCACCAACCUCAAGAUUGGAACAUUCCCACCUGCCAUCUCCAUCUCAGAGACACAGCUGGCGUCCAGCGCUCGAAGCGGACCCAACAGUGCUCCAUCAACGCCCCUCUCCACUGAAGCCCCCGACUUCCUGUCGGUUCCCAAGGACAGACCCAGGAAGAAAUCUGCUCCUGAGACUUUGACCCUUCCGGAUACGGGCCGCCGAGACUCCCUCUUCAAACUGCCCAGCUUCUUCUCCUGGAACUCCAGUCCACAGCCAGAAUGAGAGCAGGACCGCCCCAGCGAGGAGCAAACCCUUCCCACAAUGCCCGCAGGAACAAGACAGGCAGCUUCCUCUCCACGGCAACAUGUCCCGGGAGGCUCAAAGGUUCAGCCCGUCGAUGCCGGAGUCUAACGUUGACCACAGACUCCUCAAUCACCCCUCCUCUGGAUCAACAGCCGGCCUUCAAUGUGCACCAGUCAGCAUGGAGACCAUUUAGCUCAACUGAAUGUAGCACAUUCCUACAAAGCUCCAUCCCAGAGUCUCAACCUGUUUCCAUAAGCUCAGGGUGUCUUCAUGACAUUCGGUUGCUCCACAGAACUUGUAUAGAGAUCAAUUCUUUUCUUUAAACACCUAAAUCUGCAGCUUCAUAACCAGAAGUGUGUGGUUUAAAUGUUGUUUUUGUUCGUUUUGGAAAGAUGAUGUUGGGUAUUUUAGUUUUUACAUUCAGGUGUACAGUGAAAGUUCUUGUAUAAACUGUAUGAACCUCAUUCAAAUGAUAUACGGUCUUUUAAAACAACAUUGUGUCCAGUGAUGGAGCUGCUAUAAAGUGUAUGUGCAUUAACUAACAAGACUGUUUCCUCUGUUUUGAUUUAUAGUGACUUCUCGCAGCCAUUGUGUCGUCGGGUGCUGGCAUGAUUUCUUUAAAAAUGUGUAAAUAAGUAAGGAAGUUUUUAACUUGUCUUCAGUUUAGUUCAGUGAAAUUGUUGAUACAUUUAUUUCAGCUGCAUUAAUUUUCAUUCACAUUAUUUACAGAUUUUAGUUUCAGUAUUUAUUUGAAUAUUGUUAUGUAUUGGGUCUCCAUUGAGUUUAUUAUUUGACUCAAAAGCCAGUAAAUCUGUUAAUAUGAGAUGCAGAAACGAUGAAAAAAAGACUCAAAUCACAGUUUAGAGUAUGUGUAAAAAACAAGUGCAAUCCAGAACUGACUGCAGAUCAGCUGUUGUGUAUCAUAUUUUUUGUAUAUUUGUAUGGAUCUCGAAUAAAAUCAGUUGAUCAGA